AUGCCCAGCCUCAGGGACAUCCUGAAUAACGCGGACAACGACUCACAACCGCGGGUGGCCUCGGGCAGUCCAAGCCUGCCACCGAACCUGCCUCGCUCGCUGCACUUUGCCAACUCGUUCGACCUGCCCACGCAUCACGCGUCAUCCUCAGCCAGCCCCUCGCGCGGCGACCCUCCGAAAUGCGUGGCCUCUUGCCGGCCAUUUGCUCCUCCUCCGCGGCCGCCUCAGCGCCGGGACGGCACCUGCUCCAGCGCCAGUGAGCCGCCUCGUUGCUCGUCCUCGCACCCCCCCUUACCCGCCGCCGCCAGCGCGAUCGUGCCGGGCAAGGCCGUGCUCGGAUGCGGUGACAGGUUAACAAGGCCUGUCACCAUCACUGGCAGGGUCCUUUGGUUUAGGAGGGGUGACUUGAUUCACACGUGCGCGCAGUGCUUCAAGACGUUUACCCGGGCGGAGCACCUACGGCGACACCUGCCCGUCCAUACAGCGCCCAGCCUGGCCUGCGACGUUUCGGGCUGCGGCAAGUUAUUUCAUAUCAAACAUCAGCUGCCGCAAGACAUUUUCACGGGGAGGAAUAAGAAACGCACACGAGAGGUCUGA